UGAAUAAUCUCAUGAUCGAACUCCCAUAACAUGCAGAAAUUCAUUCCCCACACAGCUCAAUAAAGAUCAGAUUUCUUCCUUCUUACAUUCAACAAUGGAAAUUCCCCACCACAACAGGCACCUUUCUUCGAAUUCCUCCAUCUCGAUGUUCUUCGUAUCGGCCUUAAUUCUCUGGGUCUCUGCUGCUGCCAUGGCUGCGGGGCUCCCCCCCGAUGUAACGGUACCGGCAGUGUUUGUGUUCGGAGACUCAAUAGUGGACCCAGGGAACAACAACCAGCUUAAGACCAUUUCCAAAUGCAACUUCCCGCCCUACGGCCGGGACUUCGCCGGAGGUAAGGCCACUGGACGGUUCAGCAACGGCAAAGUCCCCUCCGACAUGCUAGCUGAAAUAUUUGGUGUGAAGGAACUGCUGCCCGCUUAUCUGGACCCAAAUCUGCAGAUUCAAGACCUCCUCACUGGCGUCAGCUUCGCCUCCGGUGCUGCCGGAUAUGAUCCAAAGACUUCCAAGAUUACAAGGGUGUUGUCAUUAUCUGAUCAACUGGAUCUGUACAACCAAAGCAUCGCAAGGAUAAAAGCAGAAGUCAGUGAUGAGAAGGCAGCAUCGAUUUUGUCACAGAGCAUCUACAUCGUGUGCUUGGGAAGCAAUGACAUCACGAAAACAUUUUUCGGGCCAUUCAGCAGGCAUGACAAUAUAUCAUCCUACACCGAUCUUAUGGUGAACUGGUCCUCAAGCUUCAUUCAGGAGCUUUAUGGAUUUGGAGCCAGGAGAAUAGGGGUGAUUAGCAUCCCACCGCUGGGGUGUGUGCCUGCGCUGAGGACUCUAAGAGGAGGAUUCAAGAGGAACUGCUUCGACGAUGCAAACAACGCCGCCAUCCUCUUCAACUCCAAGCUCUCCUCACUAGCAAACUCCCUCAAAUCCCAACUCUCCGGCUCCAAGAUCGUCUACCUCGACGUCUAUAACACGUUCCUCCCGCUCAUCCAAAACUCAUCUCAAUACGGUUUCGAAGUUAGUACUCAGGGGUGUUGCGGCACUGGGAACCUCGAAGUGAGUUUCCUAUGUAACAGCUUCAGCGUCUUCAUGACAUGCAAGGACGACGAGAAAUAUGUGUUCUGGGACAGCUUUCAUCCCACGGAGAAGGCGUACAAGAUUAUCAUGGACCAGAUCUUCAAAGAUAAGAUGAACAAUUUUUUCUAAAUGAUGAGGGGCGGGGGGGAGAUUCUGGAUUCUAUUUCUCUAGGGCCCCUUUGAAAUCAGAAAGAAGAAGAUGAAAAGGCAAAUGGCAAGAAUUAGCUAUCAAAAGAAACAGAAUUGACAUGUUUAUAAUCAAAUUGUUACAUUUAUAAGGGUUAGUGGUCUAUCGAGCAAUUCCUUAAGGACUCCGUGCGAUCCGCAUGUCACUUGUUUGUUUAUCUAUCUUUUUGUCUCGAGAAAUCAUGGUCACCGAAAAUCAUUAUUCAUACUUAAUUCAACCAUUCGUACCCCGGAUGGUUGGGUUAAGCUGAACACAGAUGGCAGCUCACGUAGAAAUUCUGGUCUGGUUGUAUCUGGAGGUUUGAUCAGAGACUCAGAUGGUGUAGAUGGUUCGGUGGUUUUGCCCAAAACCUUGGGAUUGCAUCCGCUGUUAAAGCUGAGUUCUGCUGUGUAAAAUCAGGCUUGGUAAAAUCAGGAUUGUAUUGCCGUUGAAGUUGAUAUGGAGUCGUUCGUGGACUUGUUGCCGGUCUUGAGGGUGCUGCCUCUACCAUUGCUGCUCUGCUAGCUGCUGUUCAACACCUGAUCGAGAAGGAUUGGCAGGUUCAGAUAGCCCAUACUUACAGAGAAGUCACAAUUCAUGCGUUGAUUGGAUGGCUAAAUUGGCUAUUGACCUCUCUUGGGGUCUCCACCUUUUCCAUUCUUCACCGCAGGGUGUUUAGGCUCUUUUUUUUUUUUCCCCGAUAAAUGGAGGGGCAAAAGCCCUUACAUAAAUUAAAACAACAAAAAUUAAA